AGUUGUCCAAGAAGAAUGAUUCAGUUUGCUUUCAAAAUAGAUACUCACCAUCCUCUUGUUUCCGACAGAGGUGGCCUCAGCAACAUGCUGUUCCAGUGCUCCCUACCCGACACUCUGGCCACCGUUGGUGACGAGCCUCGGAAGGUGCUCCUGCGGUUGUAUGGGGCGAUUUUGAAGAUGGUAUUUUUGAUAAAGCUGUGGAGUGGAAAGAGGUCCUGUAAUAAGGAGGGAUCCGAACAAGCUCAGAAAGAAAAUGAAUUUCAAAGCGCCGAGGCCAUGGUUCUGGAGAGCGUGAUGUUCGCCAUCCUCGCAGAGAGGUCACUGGGCCCAAAGCUCUUCGGCAUCUUUCCCCAAGGCCGCCUGGAGCAAUUUAUCCCGAGCCGGCGAUUAGACACUGAAGAAUUAAGUUUGCCAGAUAUUUCUGCAGAAAUAGCUGAGAAAAUGGCCAGAUUUCAUGGUAUGAAGAUGCCAUUCAAUAAGGAACCAAAAUGGCUUUUUGGAACCAUGGAAAAAUACCUGAAUCAAGUGCUGAGAAUUAAAUUUACUGGGGAAUCCAAAGUUAAGCAGCUCCACAAAUUCCUCAGUUACAAUCUGCCUUUGGAGCUAAGAAACCUGAGAUCACUACUUGAAUCCACUCCAUCUCCAGUUGUGUUUUGUCACAACGACUGUCAGGAAGGCAAUGUCUUAUUGCUGGAAGGCAGAGAGAAUUCUGAAAAACAGAAACUGAUGCUCAUCGACUUUGAAUACAGCAGUUACAAUUACAGGGGGUUCGACAUUGGGAAUCAUUUCUGUGAAUGGAUGUACGAUUAUAAUUAUGAAAAGUAUCCUUUUUUCAGAGCAAACAUCCUGAAGUAUCCCACCAAGAAGCAACAGCUCCAUUUUAUUUCCAGUUACUUGGCUGCAUUCCAAAAUGAAUUUGAAAACCUCAGUAAUGAAGAAAAGUCCAUUUUAGAAGAAGAAAUGUUGCUUGAAGUCAAUAGGUUUGCCCUGCGUCCCAUUUCUUCUGGGGACUUUGGUCCAUCGUACAGGCCAAGAUUUCAUCCAUUGAAUUUGGGUACAUGGAGUAUGCCCAGGCGAGGUUCGAUGCCUAUUUCGACCAGAAGAGGAAGCUUGGGGUGUGACGGCGGGAGGACCUCAGACACUUCGUCCCUGGGCUGUGGGCGGCUGAGCCCGUGGGCCCCUCUGUGCUCCGAGUCCUGUGCCUGCGGCAAGAAGGCGUGGACAUCUCGCUGCCAAACACAUGUGUAUGAUACGAAAGACUGUAUUAAAAUUGAGUAACAUUUAUUUCAUAUCUUGUUUACGACUCCACUAGGACCCUGGCCUGAGAUCAGGAAGCAGAAUUAGAGUACAGUAGUGCAAUAGUGCAGCGCCUGCCUCCUCCUAAUCUAGAGAAGGCGUUUUCUACUCGGGGCCUGAAGCUUUUGGUUAGCUGUGGCGAACGGCAAGGUAGUGUGUUACUGCAGGGGCCUUUUGUGGUUAACGUUGGCCUUUGCAGGAUGUUAAUGGACCAGGCUCCCUGCAGGUAACUGCGUGUAGACACCGCUCACUCCCGAGGGCAGCGCUGGGCAGAGGCAGACGGCCUCGCCCUGCGGCCUGACUGGAGGCCCUGAAUGUGGUUCCUUCGCCAUCCUGGUCCAGGGCUGGGUGCAGACUGCCCAGCCAUGCGGGGUGCGAGCUGUCAUCCCCAGAGGUCAGGGUGGAUGGGGCUCCUCCGUACCUGCCGUCCAUUCCUUGUCGCCCUAACUGGACGCAACCCCUGUCAAGCGUGCUAACCAAAUGUGUUUUGUUAACCCUGAGGCCGCAGAGAGCCAACUGUUGGCCGGGGGGUCGGGGAGACACGUGGACACACAGGCCCCCGCCCACCCGGCUGUUCUCCUGGCAGGGCGCGGGCUGCUCUGUCCUGCCCUCUGAAGCCUUCCCUGUCCAUCUCCACUCAGCCUGGAGCUGGGGGCUCUGCCACAUGGCUGUGCCCGGCCCAGGCCCCAGGCCCCUCAGAAGCCUUUGAGGCCCCUGGUGCCAGGUGGGGAGAGGGACACCCUGGCCUCGGCUCUGAAGCCAGCUCUCCCUGCCGCUGCUGCUCCCCAGUGUCCCUCCUGUGGUCGUUCUGAUGGGAGACAGCAGCCCGUAUGUGGAGCGUUGGGGCAGGGACACAGAACAGCUGUGAAAUCCAUGUAUAUUAAAUGUCCUUUGGGAUAAAUUCUUUUUUUUUUACUCUGAAUUCUUAUUUGAAUUGUUUUUUGUGCAUACAUUUCUGCUACCACAAAGACUGUACCAUAUACAAUAAAAAAAAUAAAGGCUGUCCUCCACUGUCA